AUGUGGGCUCACGGCAGAACUGCCCGAAAACACGUCGAGGAGGAGCUCGGAAUCGCAAGCAAAGCUAUAGGAUCUUGGAACUCCGCUCUGAGAGAUAUCGUGGUUGAGGAACUGUCGAACCGUGCGCCGAUAGGCGGGGUCGGUCUCACCGUAGAGAUAGAUGAAACCCUGUUUUCCAAACGGAAAUACCAACGUGGGAGGAUUCUCCCCGCUCAAUGGGUUUUCGGAGGCAUCUGUCGGGAGACUCGGGAAGCGUUCAUGAUGACAGUACCCGAUCGAACAGCUCCCACUCUGAAAGCAGCCAUGCAGAGGCACGUAUUGCCCGGAACGCGGGUGAUUUCCGACUGCUGGAAGGCAUAUUUCAGACUGGCCGAUUGGGGGUUCGAGCAUCAGACCGUAAACCACUCGAAGAAUUUCGUCGACCCCAUUACUGGAGCGCACACGCAGUCGAUCGAGAGGCAAUGGAGGUCGGUCAAAGACAAAAAUCGCCACCGACACGGGACCCAUCGUCACACCGUGGAUUCGUACCUCGCGGAACACCUUUGGCGUGCUUCCCUCAAGGCGAGGGAUCCCUUCGAAGCGAUACUUUCUCUUUUAGCAAGCAAGCAAUCGCCACAAUAA